GCUAUAGGCAUCCGCCCAAAACAAGAUCUACAUCUUAUCCGUGUGAUGAUAGCAGUGGUCUGUGAGUGCUUACGAGUCGAUCUAGGCACCGAUCAAUUAUCAAAACGACAAAUGCCCGUUCAACACAACAUUGAGACUUUUUCCUCGACCAAUUCAUAAGCUCAGUGAUAUUAACUACCAAGUUUCGACAACUUGCCUGUUCUAAUCUCGUCGGCCAAUCCUGCAAACCAAGCCUAUCCACUCAGCAAUGUCCGUGACCGAAAUAGGCUGCUGUGGCAUUAAGCCCGGCCUGAACAUCAUGGACGAAUCGACACCAGAGGGGAAGAUUUACAUGGGAAUCUACAGGAAGUUGAAUGCUGCGCCAGGAGGCCCUCACCGGAUUUAUCUGAGUGUGGAUCUCGACGAGCCGUCCAAGGUGUACAGCUUCUUCGACUGGGACUCUCUCGAACAACACGAGAAGUUUGCCAAAACAGUUGGCGGAGACGUCCAGGAGGACUUUGGAAAGGUCUUGACCCACGGCGAAUACACCAAGCACAUCACCGCCACGCCGUCUCUCCAGGAAGCACUGAAGUCUGGCGUGACUGAUGUGUUUCUCGUGUACUGCCCUUCGGACAUCUCUUCAGAUGACAAGGUCACGACUGAGCUUCGUGAGAUUCUGAACAAGGGUUUCGGUCAGCACGCCGACGUCACCGCAAUCAGCUACGGGUGGGGGGUAGAGAAUGACUUUCCCGUGUACGGAAUAGGCGGAGGAAAGAUCGGGUCGGUCUUUUCAGCUUUCGUUGGGUGGAACAGCGUUGAGGCGAACACGGCGUGUCGCGAGGCGGCUGCUCACACCGCGAUCCAAGAAUCGAUUCGAAGGCUGGAUGGCGUUGAGGCGUUGAAGGUUCUACGUCUCAGUUGCGCAGUCCUAGAGAGGAAUGACAAGAGGUGAAACAUUAAGGGCCAUUUAUAUAACAGGCACAGUUUUAGAUCGCUUGUAGGAACCAGAUGUAUCAGAUUCGAAUUAGGGAAAC